GUAGUCCAUGUACAGAGUCACUAACAUUUUGCCACAGUGGCAAGUAAGUUCUAGAUACGAAAAGUAUGUUUCUGGCAUUUUGUAAGAUAAAAAACUCGGUUUGUUUAAUAAUAUAAUAUGUUGUUUAGUGUUCGCCAGAAAGCAUAUUAUACUUACAGACUGUAAGGAUCGUACAUGGGGGGAUUCAUGUGAGAAUAUGUGCGGCUUCUGCUACACCUUAGAAUCAUGUAAUUCUACUACUGGGUACUGUAUGACCGGCUGUGAAUCUGGCUAUAAAACAGAACCCGUUUGCACAGAAGCUUCUCCUGCUGGUUAUUUUGGAAGCGAAUGCAAACAAUUGUGUAGUGGAUACUGCGUUGGUGGACAAGAAAACUGCGAUAACGUACAUGGAACAUGUUUAGAUGGCUGUACCGUAGGUUGGAAAGGACGGACAUGCAAAGAAGUAUGUGACAAUGGGACAUAUAGCCAAAACUGUUCGUUCAAAUGCAGUGGGCAUUGCAAACAUAAUGCUGGAUGUAAUAAACAGGAUGGAACUUGCCAAGACGGAUGCAGUCCAGGAUAUACUGGGGGAAAGUGUGAUCUAUGUGAGUUUUGUAGUUCUUCUUUAUAUAGCAGAACCUCUACUGGAAUGACGUAUAAAUGUGUGCCUUUAUUUUUUUUGCAGCUGAUUACAUAUCAGCUAUUGCUGCUAGACUCGUUUUGUCUUAAUUUAAAUACUUCUUGGGGACAGAUGAAUGAACGGACGUAG